AGUGGGAGGAGACUCGGAGUACUUCCCAAUGGAGAUGGGGUUGCACCAAGAAUCAGCUCUUAGCCCAUUUUUAUUUGCUCUAGUGAUGGAUUGUCUGACGCGGCGAAUUCAAGGUGAGGUGCCAUGGUGUAUGUUAUUUGCGGAUGACAUAGUCUUGAUCGACGAGACACGCAGCGGAGUGAACGCUAAGCUGGAGGUUUGGAGACAAACUCUGGAGUCUAAAGGAUUCAAGUUGAGUAGGACCAAGACAGAGUACAUGGAGUGCAAGUUCAGUGACGUGACACACGAGUCUGGCGUGGAAGUGAGGCUUGGUACCCAGGUCAUCCCAAAGAAAAGAAGUUUCAAAUAUCUCGGGUCUAUUAUACAAGAAAAUGGGGAUAUUGAUGAUGAUGUCUCACAUCGUAUUGGCGCAGGGUGGAUGAAAUGGAGGCUUGCUUCAGGAGUGCUGUGUGAUAAGAAGGUGCCACUAAAACUUAAAGACAGGUUCUACAAAGUGGUUGUGAGACCGACCUUGUUGUACGGGGCAGAGUGUUGGGCAGUCAAGAGCUCUCACGUCCAAAAGAUGAAAGUUGCGGAAAUGAGAAUGUUGCGAUGGAUGUGUGGGCACACCAGGCGAGAUAGGAUUAGGAAUGAAGAUAUCCGGGAUAAGGUUGGAGUAGCAUCAGUAGAGGACAAGAUGAGGGAAGCGAGGCUGAGAUGGUUUGGGCAUGUGAGGAGGAGAGGCACAGAUGCUCCAGUGCGGAGGUGUGAGAGGUUAGCUAUGGAUGGUUUCAGAAGAGGUCGGGGUAGGCCGAAACAGUAUUGGGGAGAGGUGCUGAGACAGGACAUGGCGCAGGUUCAGCUUAUCGAAGACAUGACCGUAGAUAGGAGGUUUUGGAGGACU